AUGUCAGACCACAAAGACCGUCGCCCAGCGAAGCAGCGGCGGCUUCACGGAAUACCACUGCUUGAGCAACCAAGUCCCGUCGAGGAUGACGAAGACUCUUCGAGUUCCUCAUCAUCUUCUUCCAUACAACUGCCGACAACUCGCCUUUCUCAUCGACUGCUGAAGAGUUCCAAUUCGCUACCUACAGAAAAUUCUUCCAGCGAUGGAGAAAGCGGAGAAGAGGACGUGGAGGAGACGACAUCGUCUUCGGAUUCCGAGGAUUCAGAUAGCGACGAUAUGUCAGAGGAAGAUGAAGAAGAUGAGGGAGACGAUGUCGAGGAUCAUGUCGCUGCGAGCGGCCCAGGAAUCCCACGUUAUACCACGCUUCCCUCUCGAGGGUCAGACCUCAAGUCUCGUUUGCAGAGUUUCCUGCCACAGCUUCAGCAAGCGAAUGAGGAGCUCGAGAACUCGGGAGAAGUAGUUGACAACAGGAUUGACCAUGUGUCGGACGAGGCCGAGCAUUACAUCGAGAUGGAGGUGGGUCUAGGUGUGUUGUCUGAGCAGAACGACGAUGCUACCCAAGUACGGCUUCCACAUACAUUACCUAGUGAGGAUGAGGAUAAUGAAGACGACGACGAGAUCAAAGAUGGGCAAGAGGGCUUGGAACACAGCGUCUUGUCUCCAUUGAUUGGCAUGAACGGAACAAAGGGGAUCAAGCGAAAAAUCGAGGAAUUGGGAUGA